AGCAGCAGCGCAAGUGUCUUGCACCCGUCGACAGCCGCGGCAUCUCCCAGCACGAAGCAAUGCGAUCUCCGAGCUGCGCGCCUCGAGCUGGCAGCCCCAGCCAGCAGCAGCAGCAGCAGCAACACGCCACUGCAGCACAUGACCACCAUGCCGGUGCCGGUGCCUCACCGAGCGCCGCACUGAGUUGCGCUGUCGACCUUGCGAUGGCCAAGGAGCCCACCACCGAUGAGCAGCCGGAGGGCAGCAACAAUGGCAGCAACAAUGGCAGCAGCCGCAGCGCCAGCGGUUCCCCGACCGCGAAGCCCAAGAAGAGCGUGACGUGGUCCACCAUCACCGUGCACGAGUUCGGCGUCGGGCUGGGCGGCAGCGCCGUGUCCAACAAGGGCGGCCCGUCCAUCGGCCUCGCGGAUACGCCCGAGUUCACGUGGACGACCCGCGUGGGCGAGAUGGCCGAGUGCGUGGAGGGCGUGCAUCGCUUCUCGCCCAACCAGCGCAUCCGCCUGCUGCAGGCCGCCGGCAUCCCGGACGGCAUCAUCACGCGCCACGCACGGGAGACCAACAUCAUCCUGGGUUCGCGUCGUCGGUCGAAGAUGAGCUGGGACGAAAGCGAGCUGGACGAGGAGGAAGAGGAGGAGGAGGAGGAGCAACACGAGUGCCAGGAGCCGCUCCGCAAGCGCAGCGCAGGCCAGGCAGGCAUGCUGGAGCGCCCGUGCGCCGUCUAUUUGCGGCGGCCGCGCAUGAUCCCGGUCAACUACGUGUAG